AUGGUCGAACGUCCACUGUCUAGUUCCGAGAGCCAGCCCAGCUCUCACAACCACCUAGACGCUAUAUCAACACAGGUCGAGAGCCUGAGUGAUGACCUUCGACGAAUCAGUCUCAGCAUUCACGACCAACCCGAAUUACAGUUCAAAGAGUUUCAUGCCCAUCGAGUCCUGACGGAGUAUCUGCAGAAGCAACACGGCUGGAAGGUUACCCCAUCCGCAUAUGACAUAGCGACGGCCUUUGUUGCCGAGUUCGACAGUCGUCGUGACGGGCCGGUAGUCUCUUUCAAUGCUGAAUACGACGCAUUAGUCGGCAUUGGCCACGCUUGCGGCCACAAUCUGAUUGCUAUCACGUCUCUGGGAGCGGCACUGGCGACUGCAAAACUCAUGGAAGAGAAGAAGCUAGGUGGAAAGGUCAUGCUUUUCGGAACGCCAGCCGAAGAGGGCGGCGGCGGCAAGAUCAAGCUACUGAAGGCUGGCGCUUACAAAGGCGUGGAUGUCUCCAUCAUGGCUCACCCUGGCAUUGAACCCGACGGCGCUCUUAUCAGGACAGCAGCUUACCAUGGAUUCAAUGUGGAGUACUUUGGCAAAGAAGCGCACGCUGCUGCAAGGCCCUGGGACGGCAUCAAUGCCCUGGACGCCCUUAUUACCGCCUACAACGCGGUGUCCGUUUUAAGACAACAGACGCAACCCGGAGACAUCAUCCAAGGAAUGAUCACCAACGGCGGCGCCCGCCCAAACAUCAUCCACGCCUACGCAGCCGGGCGGUUCGUCGUCCGCGCCCAUUCCAAAGCGCGACUAGAAGAGCUCAAAAAGCGUGUGGUCCCAUGCUUCGAAGCCGGCGCAACCGCCACAGGCGCCACGUUGAAACUCACAUGGAAAAUGCCGUACGAUGACCACGUUCCCAAUCGCGCACUGGGCCGCCACUACCGCGCCGCGUUCAAUUCCCUCGGCGGCAGCAUCCCCGCUCCGGACAUUGAUAUCAUCACCUCCGUCACCCAGGCUUCUACAGAUCAGGGCAACGUGAGCUACGCCUUACCGAGUCUGCACACCUCCAUAUGGAUCCGAAGCGAGGACGACGAUGGAAAGCAACUUGGAGGGCCGCAUACACCCGAUUUCACAAAGGCCGUGCGGACGGAAGAGGCGCAUAGCUUGGCGAAGAGGGCGGCGAAGGCCCUUGCUGCUACUGCGGUGGAUGUUUUGACAUGCGAUGGCUUACUGGACGAGAUCAAGCGGGAGUUUGAGGAGAUGAAGAAGGCAGAGUGCUUGGCUUAG